CGGCCACUCCCAAUUCCCAUAUAAGGUAUCUGACACGCUAAAGUGGAAUUUGUUCGGGGACGAAUUUGAAUUGACGAGGGGAGACGGCGUCUUAAGGACCGUCUUGUGUUCGCCGUAGGUGAAAGAAAGAAAGAAGACGAGUACGCCGCGCGCUUAUUUGAGUCAAUCGCGUCGUGCCGCGUUCGCUUGACUUUCUCCGGGAAAAGAGGAAGCGGUUCCGCCCUCGCGAGCCGCGGCGAGGCCGAGUUUCAGAGCGGAGGGAAAAGCGAGGAAGCUAAGCGACGACGCAACAGGCGCCGAAGCUUGAAACUUCACAGAAACGGCGCCGCGGUCUUUUGUCCCAUCGGACAAACAUUCCGGCCAUUUUUCCUUCCCUUCUCAGGUGGUGGCGCAUUUAGAGUCUAGUCAAAAAAAAAAAAAUCAAUGAGUUUCACGUUACCAAGUGCAGUUUGACGUUCUGCUUGCUCUGUCGUACUAGGAUUUUAGUUGGACUUUGAUCUUGCUUUUUAUACAUUGCUGCGAGCCGGUUGGCAGAAAUUUGCUUUUUAAUUCUUGGUUCGGACAAGUUUAAAAAAAACGGCGAUGAGUGGCGACGAGGAAAGAUUCAAACUAGUUGUGGUGGGAGGUGGAGGAGUGGGGAAGAGCGCCCUAACCAUCCAGUUCAUUCAGUCCUACUUUGUGUCGGACUACGACCCGACCAUUGAAGACUCCUACACCAAGAUCUGCACCGUGGAUGGAAAGGAGACCCGCCUGGACAUCUUGGAUACGGCGGGUCAGGAGGAGUUUGGGGCCAUGAGGGAGCAGUACAUGCGCUCGGGAGAGGGCUUCUUGCUGGUCUUUGCACUCAACGACAGGGGCAGCUAUCACGAGGUCCAGAAGUUUCACACCCAGAUCCUUCGAGUGAAGGACCGGGAUGACUUCCCCAUGCUGCUGGUGGGAAACAAAGUGGAUCUGGAGCAGCAACGAGUGAUCUCCAGGGAGGACGCUCAGGCCUUUGCCAGGGAACACAGGAUCCACUACAUGGAGGCUUCGGCCAAGAACCGCUACCAUGUGGACGAAGCCUUCUUGGAGCUCGUGCGGAUCGUCCGAAGGUUUCAGGAAAUGGAGUGUCCUCCCCCUCCGGCUCAUCACGCCGGGAAGCAGAAGAGCGGCGGCUGCCCCUGCGUCCUCCUCUAAGCGCCGUUGCCAUGGACACCGAAGCCUCUCCAGCUUGUCCCCCCCUUAAAAAAAGAAGUGUGAGCGUUGCUGCGAGAGACAAGAUAAAGGUGCAUCAUAUUCCCAUUGAAUGCUUUCAUUUGCACUUGCACCCCCCCCCCCGGCCUCCCUAAAAAGCAACUUGUAAAUCAAUGUGAACCCUCGUUUAUCCCGGGAGGGGGGGGGGGUGGUCUGCCGAGGGUGUAAUUUUGGAUUGUAACAGCAGCAGAAAUGCCGGCAAUUGUGUUUAGCGACAGGAGAUAAUCAUGACGGGCCCGGACAGAGUUGCGGCCCAGAAAUCGAGCCGCCCUCGCAUGAUGAUGGCGGGCCAAAAAUCUCUUGUUGCCGUUGUGGCAACGAGGUACUGAUGUCAGCAAAGACGUCGCCGCAAUAGGUACUCCGAUGACGAGGUUGUAUGCAGUAAACAAAGUCGCUCCGCAAGACGGGAAUCAAAAUGUCGAGCGAGGGGGAGGCACACUCCAUCACAAGACGUUCCUUGGGCGGCCGAGUUCCCAAGCCGUCCUGCAGGGGGCGGCAGAGCGAAGCGGCAGCAAAACAUUGGCAGAGAAAAGCGAGCAAAUUUGACAGCUGCACUAGCAUGGCCUCAUAUAUAGAGAUAGAUAUAUAUAGAUAUAUAUAUUUCUCUAUACUGUAUGUAUAGCGAGCCAUUUUGUUUUCCUUUUGUGGUGCCAAUAAUUUCAGUCAACGUGAGCGCCUCCAAUAUGUAAACGGAGCGAGUGACCAUUUCAAAAUUAAUUCUUGACAGUAUUUGAAAGAAAAAAAACAACCCACAGUGGUGGGUGGGAUGGGGGAGGCUUGAUGCAGGAGUGCACUGAACCAGCACGUGGCACAGCUAUAGAACUCAUUUUCUGCAUGAAUGCAUUUGAGUGACGGCAAACCAAAGAUGAGAUGUUUUGUUUUUUUCUGGGUUUAUUUAGGCGAAGUGUGAUGCAACUUGUAUUUUGCGCGUGUCCGUGAUUCAAACCUUCACUGAAUUCCAUCAAUAAUCGUAAACGGUUUACAUGAACAUCUUGACCAAACGAGUAGAUGCGUAACGCUUUUCAUCUUCUGAACGGUGUUCUCCCGUCUCGCGGCGCCACGGCACCUUUUGUGCAGCGCACUGGUGCUCUUGCUAUGAAGCGUGACCCUCGCUAAUACUGACCCGGCAAUCCCUGUCCACAUUACUUACUGUAAUGAUCGAUGUCAGGGGGUGUCCAAUCUUUUGAGGGCCGCCGACAGAAAAAUGGAAGGAUGAAAACAAGAGCAUGGCCACUGAGAGGCAUUUAAAAAAAAAAAAAAAAAGGGAUAUUCGACUUUAACUUUACAUUUCAUGUUUCAAGCUUUGGGCAGUGUAGAACCAUGUCAUAUUUUUGAAAUGAAUUAUUUGCAUAUAUAUAUA